AAUACACUAAGUACACUGGUGGAGAACUUUUCUUAAUUAAAAUUAGAUUACAAGAACUUUGACAACCAACAUAUAGGAAAAUUUUGCACGUAUGAAAAGUUCUUCCAAUUGAAAUUAUGGAUUUAAUAACAAGAUGUUUGAAAGGUCAAAGACUAUUUGACUUGCUGUUCAUCGAAGAACAUUGUUUCAGUAUAGUUUUUCUUAUUGAAUCUAAAAAGUCUUAAGAACGAAUUAGAAUUAUUACAAAGGAAUUGCAGUGUAAACGUAACAUAUUGAAUUCAAAGUACCUCAAAAGCAUACCAAGUACAGAAGUUUCAGCCAUGAUACCGUAAUAUGAGAAUGUAGAAUCAAGAAAAUAUUAUGGAUGCGGAUCUGGAAAGAGAGCUAGUAACGAUAAACCAGGCGAUUCUUCAGUUCAAACAGAAGCAAAUAGAUAUACGACAACGACUAUCUUGUCUUGAGAACCAUAACCGGUCCAGUUUGAGAUGCCAAAAAGAUGAAAAAUUUGAAGAACGCAUUAAUGAUCUGGAAGGGCAGUUUUUACAGCAAGCAAAUAGUAUCAAAGAAAUCCAAAGUUCACUUGGAAAAUUGAUUAAAAAAGUUAACAAAUUGCAAGGUGAUAUUGAACCUAAAAGAAAAACCAACAACGAAUCAAUCAAACGAGCACCUGAUUCCAAAAAUUCACCACGAAUUAAAACGUUAGAACCUGGAUCUAUAAUUGACUUCAAUGGCCAGUUAUGUUCAAACAAUUUAAAUUCAACAGAAAAUAUAGUAAGAAGCAACUGUUCUUCGGCUUAUAAUUUCAGUCAAAAAUGUGAAAUUUCAGCUUCUGUUGAUGACAAAAUUCCGACUACUGCUUUUGUAGAUAAUCAAAGUUCACCGCCUAAAGUUGAAAAUGAUUUGUGUGGUAUUGUUAAGCCAAUAUCUACGAAUGGCCAAAAUCCACUAGAUAUAUGUAAUGUAAAAAAUGAAACUACGAAGGCUAAUCAUGUAUACAACAAUAGUCAACAAUAUCAAGUUUAUUCAUGUCAGACGCAGGUUCCAACAAACAAUAUAUGGUUUCCAUCAAAUAUUCCAGCAAAUAAAAAACGUAGUUUGAACAGAAUGGAGUCAGACGAUCAUAGACUGAAACAUGGGCUUCAUACGGAUUACAGCAGCGAUACAAAUAAUGAGAAUGUAGAAAAAAAUCCAGGGGUACCAUUGAAUACUUUAGAGAAGGGAAGGGGAAUAAAAUCUACAAGUUGUGAAUCAAAUAUUCAUACAAAGAAAAUACUAAAGAACAAUUUUGGUUUGAAGAAUGCACGUACAAAUUUGAUGUUUGACAAUCGUGUAAGAUUACUUACUGAUCAAACAUGCUAUGAGGGUAUUUUUAUCGCCUCUGUUGAAGGGAAAACAGAAGAAGUAUCACCAUUAAAUAUAAAACCGAAUCAUUCAGAACAAUCUGACAGCUAUGAAUAUGAGUCUGGCGAUGUGUUUCAAGAUGGAGCAGAAAACCUAUAUGGAACUGGGUUUGAAAGAAGAGCAACAAUUGAAGACUGGUACAAAUAUGCCGAACAAGUCACUGUAGCAGCCAAUAUUAGAGUACAGUCAGGUGCUGUAGAGAGAGGAUGGCAUGGUCACGAUGUUACCCUAGUACUAGAUAUAUGUGAACAUAUGAGAGGAGAUAAAUUCGAAUCAAUGAAAUCAGCUGCCAAAAGAUAUAUUGAAGGUGUCCAACAGAUUAAGAGAACAAAAGGAUUAGAAGAGAAUGUGGGAAUUGCUGUGUUUGGUGGACAAAGUAGAUUGCUGCAUGAACAUACGAGUGACUACGGUCUGCUGCUCACUUUAAUAGAUGAAUUGGAACCAGAGGGAGAAGCUCCUUUAGUUGGAGGACUGAUAAUGGGAAUGGCUACAGUACAAGCUGGGACAGUUGCACGUAUGGCAGAUGUCCUCGUUCAAGGCCAUAUGAUAAUGUUCACUGAUGGCACCUCCCCAAAUGAUUUUCCAGACAAGGAACAGGAAGUUAUUACGACUGAUUCGGAAGUAUCUGGCGUGAUUAGGACAUUAGCUGAACGUUCCAUUAGAGUUUAUCAUGUUCAACUUGAAGAAAAAAAUAUCAGUGUUAUUAUGGAACAAGCAGUUAAAGAGACAAAAGGAAAAGUGAUAUCAAUCGGUGAGAUGUAUCGUUUAAUAAGACUGACCCAAACUCUUGGAAUAGCUGCAAGAGUAGCAGGAGAGAUGAAAUUUUUAGGCGAAGAACCAAAUAGAGACUUAAUCAGUCAAAAAAUUUAUGAAGUAACAAAAAAUCCAGAGGACCAGAGCGAAGAUUGUAUUGAUUUUGUGGUGGAAUUUACUAACAAUGAAUUGAAGGAAGGAACCUAUAAGGAAUUAAAAUGUCGAACAUUACAUCUAGGAGAUAGGGUACGACGUGGCCCUUUAUGGACGUAUGGUAAUCAAGAUGGAAACUCUCCGGGUACUGUAAUAGGACAACACGACAAUGGUUGGGUCCGAGUUGUAUGGGACAAUGGACACAAUAAUAUCUAUCGAUACGACGAAAGUUCUAAUAUGUUUAAUUUGAGGAGAGUAAAUGAGAACAGAAUACUGGUAAACGAGAUGAUUGCUGUUGGAUGUAGAGUUGUAAGAGGCGAAGACUGGAGAUACGGAGAUGAUGAUGGUGGAUUUGGAACCAUAGGAACAGUUCUAGACGUAAAACCGGAAGGUAGAGCUGUAGUAAGAUGGGACAGUAAGAAAAUGGGAAUUUACAAAAUGGGAUACAAUGCAUUCUUCGAAAUUAUGGUUGUCACUAAAGACGAUGAUGAACAAAUACCAUUUACCGAUCUGGAAGGAAGGAGUCAAAAUAAAGGUUUCACGUAUUCAAAUUCAUGGAACCAGGCAAAAUAUACAGAUUCAAAUGGCGAAGGUAUGCAUACUCAUGUUAAUGUGCCUGUAUCCAGUCAGGAACAAGAAAAGGCUUCAUGGGAGUACAAGGACAAGGAUUCGGAAUGGAAGAAAUAUCCAUUAGAUAUAAGUUAUAAAAUAGAAAACGCUUUCAAAAAGAAACCAACGGACAAAACUAUUAUUAAGAUGGAUACGAAAACGUACAUUAUAAAUUUUGCACAAAAAAUUCAGGUCAACCCUCAAGACGACACGAAGAUUAAAGUUCGCAGAUCAGAAUGAAUGAGGGUAGCCACCUGUAGGUGCAGAGAGGCAUUGAGAAGCCAGUGAUCUAUUUGUUCAUGACACACGAUGAUAGCUGAUUUUCAAAACAUUGACAAUCAAUUCAUUAGCCCCUGACUUUGAUGGUUUUGUUUCACUUGACAUACUUUCAUUUAAAACAAUAGUGGUAACUUCUUUAACAAAAAACACACAUUGAUGAAAAAAUAAUUAUGAGUAAAAAUUAAAAAUCUGAAGGAACGAUUUUAUAUUUUGUCCAAAUAUUUUCGUACAAGAAAUCUGACGGUAAACAGCUAAACUCGCACAAGAAUUCUGAUUGUGAAACACUGUAACUUCAGUGAAAAAUGAUGAUCCCAGAAAUACAAACGAUAUAAGGAUAAUGCUUGAUUCACAAAUAUGAAGAAAACUGCAUUCAGCAUUCAAGAAUGAUCAAGUAUAAAUAUAGGGAAAAUUGAAACCAAACGUUGCGGUAUGUCAUGUCUUAAACAGGAUUACAACAAAAACUUCUUAAUCGACAAAGCUACUAACUAAAAUCUAGGAUUUUUUUAUAAACUUCUAAAAUUCGGCUUUUAAUUUAGUAUAAAGAUAACUUUAUCAACUAGCUUUCUGUGUGUUUGCGGUAGACAUAUAUUAGUUGAUACCUUUAGUAAAGCCAAUUUAAUAUCAAUACAGAUGUUUACGAUGAAAAAAAAUCAUCGAUUCAGAACACUACCCUGGUACCGUUGUGAAGAAGAAAGAACUAGAUAACGCUGCAUUUUACAGUUGGCAUCAAAAUAUGUCAAGAUGAGUUUUGUCAUAUGUUGAAAAUACAUAAUUAUUUCAUAAGUGUCUGAUAUUACUAUAUUCAAUGAGCAAUGUUUUUCGUUUGAAUAAAUUAUCACUUUUGUCCAUUAUCACAAUGUAAUAUGAACUGUAUCAAUAUGAUUAUCAUGUUGAGUAAUACUCAUUUUGUCACAUUGUGUGCAUCCUAUGUCGUGUAUGAAUUGUAUUAAUUUUGGAUUGUAUGCUUUAUUACAACUAUAUGUCAAUAUUCAAUUAAAUAAAGACAAUCAAUGAUA